AUGUGUGAGAGACUGAUCAAGGAGAUCAAGAAAACACUACACAAGACCUUACCAAGGUCACAUCUUUCCUAUGAAGUGUUUGAAGCAGUCCUCGUGGAUGUUGAAAGAAAUCUGACUAUAAUUCCUCACCCCCCAUGAUGUAUGUUCAACCAGAAGGAGGGAGGAGGAAGAGCUUUCCCCAAACAUGAUCCUGUGGGGACGAAAUGUGUAUCCAGUGGACGACACUGAAGGCUAAGGUGCAGAGAGGCUAACAAGGAUGACCAAGCAGCUAGAAGAUGCUGAAGACCACGCAUAGAAAUGCUGGACAAGAAAGUGCAUGUACGGCCUAAUGGAAAGCCACAGGCUUAACAAGGAGAGAGGAGGUAUGCCUGAAGUUGGAGAGAUUUUACUUGCCGUUGGACAAGAGAAGAACCGUGGGGAGUGGAAAAAGGGGUAA